GAGAGAGAGAGAGAGAGAGAGAGGGAGUAGCUUCCCUUUCCCAGGGCCUCUCACUCAUCAUAUGUGUCAUCAUACACCUUUAGGUUUUGGCCACCCCCAACUUUCACUUUUCACCGCCUCCCAUCCCAUCUAAUACUAAUAUAUAUAUUUUCACUCUUUAUUCCAUUCCAACCAAAAGCACUUAAAAAAAGACUGCAAGACAUAUCAGACAGAGAGAGAGAGAGAUCUAAUCCUCCAAUUUAUCAGCUUAUGUUAUUAAGGUUAUAACCUUAUCAAGGCACUCAUUCUCUGCUGUCUUCUUUUAAUUCCAUCUCUAAUACUCCCCUUGUUGCGUUUCUGUCUCUCUGUGUGUGUGUGAGAGAGAGAGAGAGAGAGAGAGAGAGAGAGUACAGGCAGAUCCAAUUCUCCAGAUAUCGACUACUAUUGUUUAGGUUGACAUCACAUAUAACAGAAGGGUUUGUUUGUGGGUUGAAGUGUUGAACCAGACUGUGAAGAAAGAGUUGACAUGUUCGAGAAAAUGGCAGAAGAAACAAUUCCAAACAGUUUUGUUCAAAACCCAACUGGUGGAUCCAUUCCUCCCCCUCUAAAGAAGAAGAGAAACCUCCCAGGAACUCCAGAUCCUGAAGCCGAAGUCAUCGCCUUAUCGCCCAAGACCCUCAUGGCCACCAACAGAUUCUUGUGUGAGAUAUGUGGGAAAGGGUUUCAGAGAGAUCAGAACUUGCAAUUGCAUCGGCGAGGACACAACCUUCCAUGGAAGCUCAAGCAGAGAACUAGCAAGGAACCUAGGAAGCGUGUUUACGUGUGCCCCGAAAAGACUUGUGUCCACCACCACCCUUCGAGGGCUCUUGGAGACCUAACUGGUAUAAAGAAGCACUUUUCUCGAAAGCACGGGGAGAAGAAGUGGAAGUGUGAGAAGUGCUCAAAGCGAUAUGCUGUGCAGUCAGAUUGGAAGGCACACUCGAAAACCUGUGGCACCAGGGAAUACAAAUGUGACUGUGGGACAAUAUUUUCGCGGCGAGAUAGCUUCAUCACUCAUAGGGCCUUUUGUGAUGCCUUGGCUGAAGAAACAGCUAGAGUUACCGCAGCAUCAAGCAUCAACAAUGCAAUGACUAACAACAUCAAUUACCAUUUCAUUGGAACUCCAACAGGCCAUGGCAUGCCCCAACAUUUCUCUUCAAUUUUCAAGCCAAUCUCAAACAAUGAUGAAACAAUUGAUCCAAGCAAACGAGGUCUCUCACCAUGGAUGAACAAUAACAAUAAUAAUCUUCAAGAGAUUCAUCAAAUUGGGUCGGUGAGUUCAGGACCAGUUUAUGGUGACCCAUUUGUUCCAUGUUCGAAUCCUCCACCAUCCGAUUAUCAGUUGAAUUGGGUGUUUGGAAACAAGCUUUCUUCCAUCAAUACUGAAGAAAUAACAAGCUCCUCAUCACUUGUUAGUGUUCCUUCCUUGUAUAGCACCCAACACCAUUCACAUCAAACAUCUUCUUCGGCAACUAUGUCUGCGACAGCUUUAUUGCAGAAAGCUGCGCAAAUCGGUGCAACUUCUACUACUACCGACCCAUCAUCAUUCCUGGGAAGCUUUGAGAUUAAGUGCAAUAACAACAAUGAAGUUCAAGAUGGGAACAAGUUUUUUGGAAUGUAUGGUACAAACCCAAUAACAACUAGUCUUGGAAGAAGUGAUGUGGAGAGCUCAGUGAAUGAUAUCUCCACCUUUAAUCAGUUGCAGAUGUACCCGUCAAAGCGAAGGAACAUACAGAAUGAAGACGGUACUGCUGCUGCUGCAGGGCAAACUAGGGAUUUCUUGGGCGUUGGUUUUCAGUCCAUCUGUCACCCUUCAUCAGUCAACGGUUGGAUUUGAUCGUAUGGGAAUUUUACAGACUGCAUAUUUCAGCACUAGAUAAUGUUCUGUUUCCAAACUCCUCCGCCUCCCUGUCCCAAAACACUUACAACUGUUGGAUCAUAUCUCAAGAUUUCUGUACCUUGAGAUCUUCACAUAAUCCAAUGAUUGUAAAUGUUUUGGGACACGGAGAUUUGAGAAUAGAGAAUCAUAAGACGCAUAUUUCUUGAAGAAAAGCAAAGUUGAUGAUAAAGUGGUCCAGAUGUUGGAGAGAGAGAGAGAGAGAGGUUUUAGUAAUGGCAAACUUUUCAGAGAGGAAAAGGUGGUACUGAUGAGUGCUUGAUGGGAGCUAAAAGUUGAGCUUAGAAAACUAUUCAAGAGUUGAAGGAGGAGGAGAUCCAUGCAUAUUCUCUUGCAACCCUAAAGCUGUUGCCUUUACAAUGGUGGCUUUUAUUUUUUUGAUGAAGGGGUAAGUAGUGGGGGGCCAAAGCAAGAGGCCCUUUUUGAACUCCAUUAUUGCAAUGUUUCAUCUCUUUUGGUGACUGUCCUUGUAAACUGGAUUUAAAGAGAAUUCAGUGGCAAAAAAGCUUUGCCUCUAGGUUUUCUAGGCUAUAAGGCUUUUGCCUAAAAUAAAAUUAUGUAGCCUUUUCUUUUCUUUUAAUCAACAAAACAAGAUUAGCUACAGUGUUACAUGCAAUAAAUGGAGGGAAGUGCUUUAAAAGUCUUCAUUUCAUCCC